AUGGCCAUGGGAAAGAAGGCACACAGUGUGCCUGGCUUCACUGGUCAGGGCACUGAGGGCAAAGACGGAGUGGAAAGGAAUUAUGUUAGAGGGAAGAAAGAAGCGGAGAGAGCGCGGGAGCCCCCAUCUCAGACCGGCCCGAGCCGCAGCCACCUCACGCAGCCUGUCAACUCCAUGAGCGAGGCCGAGACGGAGCAGUUAUCCGAACAGCAGCAACAACGGCCAGACAAACCCAAAUCCCCCGGGGAGAAGGAAGUCAUCGCAACAAAGGUUCUUGGAACAGUAAAGUGGUUCAACAUACGAAAUGGAUAUGGAUUCAUCAACAAGAAUGAUACAAAGGAAGAUGUGUUUGUACAUCAGACUGCUAUAAAAAAGAAUAACCCACGGAAAUCCCUCCGCAGUAUUGGAGACGGUGAAACUGUGGAGUUCGACGUAGUAGAAGGCGAAAAGAGUGCCAAAGCAGCAAACAUAACUGGUCCCAGAGGAGUUCCAGUCCAAGGAAGCCGACAUGCCGCGGACAAAAAUCAUUAUCGUCGCUACAACUCUGGCCGCCGAGGUCCACCACGUAAUUACCAACAGAACAUUGGAGGUGGAGAGAAAGGAGAUGGAGCAGAGACAGCAACAGACAGAGGAAAACAAGAUGAUCAAAAUCAGCAACAUCACCCUCCUUACAGAAGACACCGUUACCCACCUUACUUUGUUUGUCGUCCCUAUGGUCGCCGCCAACGAUAUAGCGACCAGCCUCAGGGAGAAAUUACUGAGGGUGGUGAAAUAAAUGAAAACCAAGUUGCUGGGGAAGAAGGUAAUAAUCCUUUGCGACAAAGUUUCUUUUGCACUUCGGAUUCAUCUAGUGAAUCCAUUUCCCCACUUGGGGUAGCUGAACCGUUCCUCCCCGGUGUGAAGGGGGCCGGUGUGCCACCAGGCAUCUCGUGCGACGACAUCCCCUUCCACACUCAGAGCAAGUGA